UUGCUCGAUUUCUAUUCUUCCUUGGUGGUAGGUGUUAUUGGCGGUGGUGGUGGCGGCAAAGAAGGUCUAGGGUGUCAUAAUAAGAAGAAUUGGCAGAGUAAAACAUAGGCUAGAAAAAUGGCACACAGGGCAACGGUAGGUAACAAAACAGACGCAACAAUAGUAUGUUAUGCACCGACGAUGAUCACAACAAAUGGGAUAUGGCAAGGCGACAAUCCUUUAAAUUAUUCACUUCCACUCUUCAUCUUGCAAUUGACGUUGGUUGUUGUUACCACUCGUAUUCUUGUUUUCAUCUUGAAACCUCUUCGCCAACCUCGUGUCAUCUCUGAAAUUCUUGGUGGAGUGAUACUAGGUCCAUCAGUACUGGGCCAACAUGAGGAAUUCGCAAAUACAAUAUUUCCACUAAGAAGUGUCAUGGUACUCGAAACAAUGGCAAACGUAGGUCUACUCUACUUCCUCUUCCUCGUGGGAGUCGAAAUGGACCUCGCCGUUCUCCGGCGUACCCGUAAAAAAGCCCUAGCGAUCGCCAUCGCCGGUAUGAUCCUCCCUUUCAUAGUCGGCAUUUCUUUCUCGUUCAUCCUCCACCAAAAAUCCCAAGAAACCAAACAAGGCACAUUCAUUCUCUUCCUCGGCGUCGCUCUCUCGGUCACCGCUUUCCCGGUACUUGCUCGAAUACUCGCUGAGCUCAAACUCCUCAACACGGAGAUCGGCCGAAUCGCCAUGUCCUCGGCUCUCAUCAACGAUGUUUGCGCUUGGAUUCUCUUAGCUUUCGCCAUUGCUUUAUCUGAAAACGACACUUCAUCGUUGGCUUCUCUAUGGGUCAUCCUCUCGAGCAUAGCUUUUGUGAUGCUAUGUAUCUUCUUCAUUCGGCCAUUGAUCAUAUGGGUAAUACAGAGAACACCAGAAGGCGAACCGAUCAGCGAAUUCUACAUAUGUUUGAUUCUCACAGGAGUUAUGAUUUCUGGGUUCAUCACAGAUGCCAUUGGAACACACUCUGUUUUUGGAGCAUUUGUGUUUGGAUUGAUAAUUCCGAAUGGUCCGCUUGGUGUGACACUCAUUGAGAAGCUUGAGGACUUUGUUUCGGGGCUUUUGCUUCCUCUGUUCUUCGCGAUGAGUGGUUUGAAGACUAACAUUUUGGCGAUCACCGGAGCUUUGACAUGGGGGUACUUGAUUCUUGUGAUUAUUCUUGCUUGUGUUGGGAAAAUUGCAGGGACUUUGCUAGUUGCUCUGUAUUAUCAGAUGCAUUUUUAUGAGGGGCUUACUCUUGGGUUGUUGAUGAAUACGAAAGGGCUUGUUGAGAUGAUUGUGCUUAAUGUUGGUAGGGAUCAAAAGGUAUUGGACGACAAGUCAUUCGCAAUCCUAGUAAUCGUAGCCGUAGUAAUGACGGCAAUCAUAACCCCAAUCGUAACCUCAAUCUACAAACCAGCAAGACGCUUCGUCCCCUACAAACGCCGAUCAAUCCAACGCUCGAAACCCGACGCCGAACUCCGAGUCCUAGUCUGCAUUCACACCCCUCGCAACGUCCCAACAAUCAUCAACCUCAUGGAAGCCUCUCACCCCACAAAAAAAUCCCCACUAUGCAUCUACGUCCUCCACCUCGUGGAGCUCACGGGGCGGGCCUCGGCCAUGCUCAUCGUCCACAACACCCGUAAAUCGGGCCGCCCGGCCCUGAACAGGACACAAGCACAAUCCGAUCACAUAAUCAAUGCGUUCGAGAAUUUCGAACAACAUGUUGGGUGUGUUUCGGUGCAGCCGUUGACGGCUAUAUGUGGAGUGGCGGAGGAUAAGAGAGUGGCGUUUGUUAUAAUUCCGUUUCAUAAGCAACAGACUGUGGAUGGGGAGAUGGAGGCGACCAACCCGGCUUUUCGGGCUAUUAAUCAGAAUGUUUUGGCGAACGCGCCGUGUUCUAUUGGCAUUCUUGUGGAUAGAGGCUUGAGCGGGACUACACGCUUGUCUGCUAACCAGGUAGCACACCACAUCGUAGUUCUCUUCUUCGGCGGACCAGACGACAGAGAAGCACUAUCGUACGCAUGGAGGAUGUCCGACCACCCCGCAAUCAACCUAACGGUAAUGCGCUUCAUCCCCGGCGACGACGCAAUCGAAUCAACCAUUGAACCCAACCGCGAACCCAACGACCCUCGAAUCCUCACAGUUGUCACAGACAACGACCGAGAAAAACAACUCGACGAAGACUACGUAAACGAGUUCCGAGCCCGAACAGCCAACGAUGAAUCUAUAAUCUACGCCGAACGUGUCGUAAACAACGGCGAAGAGACCGUGGCGGCGAUAAGAUCGGUGGACACAAUAAAUGACCUCUUCAUAGUCGGUAGAGGUCAGGGCAUGAUAUCGCCGCUCACGGCGGGGUUGACGGACUGGAGUGAGUGCCCGGAGCUGGGAGCGAUCGGGGAUUUGUUGGCGUCGUCGGAUUUUGCGGCGGCAGUGUCGGUGUUGGUGGUGCAACAGUAUGUUGGAAUGGGGCAUAUGGAUGGGGUUGGAACUCCGGAUAGUCCCAGCCAUGAGAAUGAGAAUUAUGGUAAUUUUAGUGUACAGAUGAACCGGCGGCAGCAGCAGCCGCCCCGCGGGCCGGUUUCGUUUAAUUCGUAAAAAUAUUAUUUUGAAUGAUGUACAGUUAUAUAUUUAACA